UCAUCUAAAUGGGCGAGGCAUCGAUGGGAGCAAACAUGGAUCUGACCAAUCAGAGAGCUCGGUGGGACGUUAUCCAGGGGCCGCUUCGGCCUUUAUAACACUAGCUUUUCCCGUUAUAAAGAGCCUUUUCCUGCUUCUCCAUUCCAUAAUCAGCUUUGUACAUAAAAAGCCAUAAAGAUGCUUCCCUUGGUCGUGCUGAUGCUGUGUCUGAGCUCGGUUCUCCCAGCACCGAGCCUGGACCCACAGCUGGACCAGCACUGGGAUCUGUGGAAGAGUUGGCACAAGAGGAGCUACCAUGAGAGGGAGGAGGGCUGGAGGAGGAUGGUGUGGGAGAAGAACCUGAAGAAGAUUGAGAUGCACAACCUGGAGCACUCCAUGGGCAAACACACCUACCGCCUGGGCAUGAACCACUUUGGAGACAUGACUCACGAGGAGUUCAGGCAGAUCAUGAAUGGCUACAAGCACAAAGCAGACAGGAAGGUGAAGGGGUCCCUGUUCUUGGAGCCCAACUUCCUGGAGGCUCCGCGAUCCGUGGACUGGAGGGAGAAGGGUUACGUCACCCCCGUCAAGGACCAGGGUCAGUGUGGUUCCUGCUGGGCUUUCAGCACCACCGGAGCUCUGGAGGGUCAGGAGUUCAGGAAGACCGGGAAGCUGGUGUCCCUGAGCGAGCAGAACCUGGUGGACUGUUCUAGACCCGAGGGCAACGAGGGCUGCAACGGCGGUCUGAUGGACCAGGCCUUCCAGUACGUGAAGGACAACAUGGGUCUGGACUCGGAGGAAUCCUACCCAUACCUGGGGACGGAUGACCAGCCGUGUCACUACGACCCCAAGUACAACUCUGCCAACGACACCGGGUUUGUGGACGUUACCAGCGGCAACGAGCGUGCUCUGAUGAAGGCCGUGGCGUCUGUGGGACCGGUUUCUGUUGCCAUCGAUGCCGGUCACGAGUCGUUCCAGUUUUACCAGUCGGGUAUCUACUUUGAGAAGGAGUGCAGCAGCGAGGAGCUGGACCACGGCGUGCUGGUGGUGGGUUACGGCUUCCAGGGAGAAGAUGUAGACGGCAAGAAAUACUGGAUCGUCAAGAACAGCUGGAGUGAGAAGUGGGGCGAUAAAGGUUACAUCUACAUGGCCAAAGACAGGAAGAACCACUGCGGCAUCGCCACAGCAGCCAGUUACCCUCUGGUCUGAUUGCUGGGACCACCCAGGGCUUCAGGCCAGAACCGUUUAGUGUUCUUUUUUUAGUUUGGAGCUUCGGUCGGAGCGACGCAGGAAAUUCUGCUGUAUUUCAGAACGAGAGCGUCUCGUUUUUAAGGAAACGUGGCUGUUUUUGUUGUUGUUGGAUGAUUUUAUCGCCACUUUAGUUUGUCUUUUAAAUUGUAGUUUAAAGUUUUCCAACCAUCCAUCGUCUGAACCCACUUUGUCCAUGUAGGGUGGGUGGGGGGCUGGGCUGGUCAAUGGGCAAUCAGGCGGGGUACACCCAUUCCAUCGCAGGGCAACACAGAGACACACAGGACAGUCUCUCUCACACACACACACCUAAGGUCAGAACCCACGCAUGCCCAGGGAGAACAUGCAAACUCCAUGCAGAAAGAUCCCAGGCCGGGAAGCGAACCCAGGACCUUCAUGCUACAAGACAACGGCUCUAACCACUGCUCCACCGCGCAGCCCCAGUUUAGAGUUUUAUUCUAUGUAAAUAUGUUCAUGCUACUUGGCGAGGGACUCCUGAACACUUUGCUUCAGGUUUUUGUAAAUGAGUUUGUUGUUUUCUACUUUUACUGUGAUCAAAUAAAGUUUUUUAAAACACUAA